AUGAGGACUCACUGUCAUCCAGACAGCACUUGGACAAAGGACCAAAUUUGGAGCCUUGUGGAGAUUCUGAAGGAAGAGAGAGAAGAUAUUCUGUCAUUUAAACUGAGUGGGGAAAAUAAAAGCCAUGAACUCCUGAAACAGCUAGAAACUGAGAAGCGGAAGAUUGUGUCUGAAUUUCAGCAACUGCGGCAGCUUUUGGAGGAACAAGAGCGACUCCAGCUGGACGAGCUGAAUAAGGAAAUUGAAAAGGGGAGGGCUGAGUAUGUUGCCAAAUUAUCUGAGGAAAUAUCUUCCCUCAGUUCCCUGAUCACUGAGAUGGAGCAGAAGUGCCAGCAGCCAGCGAGUGAAUUCCUGCAGGACAUCAAAGACAUCUUGAGCAGAUGUGAGAGGGAGGAGUUUCAGAACCCUGUGGCCUUUUCUUCUGAACUAAAAUGGAGAAUCUGGGAAUCUUCUCAAAGAAAUGCAUCUCUGAAGACCAUAAUGAAGAAAUUCAAAGGUUUACUGUCGUCUAGACAGCAGUUGCACAAAGUGAAUGUGACUCUGGAUCCAGACACGGCCCAUCACGACCUCACCGUGUCUGCGGAUAGGAAAAGUGUGAGAUGGGGAGACACAGAGCAGGAUCCGCCCGACAACCCUGAGAGAUUUGACUCUCUGCCCUGUGUGCUGGGCUGUGCGGGAUUCACCUCGGAGAGACAUUACUGGGAGGUGGAGAUGGAGGGGGAGGGAGUCUGUGUUGUGGGGGUGGCCAAAGAGUCUGUGAGCAGGAAGGGAUGGAUCAGCCUUAACCGCAAGGGGGGGAUCUGGGCUGUGGAGUGCAGUGAGGAUCAGUACCAGGCUCUCACAUCCCCUGUGCAGCACAUCGCCUUGUCCCCGAGCCAGGCACCCCGCAGGAUCCGGGUUUAUCUGGACUAUGAACAGAGGCAGGUGGCGUUUUUUGAUGCUGGUAACGGGGACCUGAUCAUCACUUUCCCGCCGGCCUCUUUCGCCGGGGAGAGAAUCCACCCGUUCUUCUGGGUUGAUCUUAGUGUGCGGCUCCUCUAGCCCCCACUCAGCUGAUCUAUAUUGUUAGGAUAUAGAUAUUCAGGCCUGGCUGCAAAGGCUUAUACUGUAAGAAUUUAGGUGUAUUCUUAUCACUUAGCUAGUUAUAGAGGUAUAAAAGAAAGUCUGAGGCCCUGUUCUUUGGCUAAACAGCAAAGGCAGCCAUGGGGUGGGAGGAGGUAUUGUUUCAUAUUCUCUGUGUAUAUAUAAAGUCUGCUGCAGUUUCCACGGUAUGCAUCUGAUGAAGUGAGCUGUAGCUCACGAAAGCUUAUGCUCAAAUAAAUUGGUUAGUCUCUAAGGUGCCACAAGUCCUCCUUUUCUAUAAACUAGGGAGUGUAUGGUCACAUCCUCGCAUUCCAAACUAGUCACAUUGAAAUAAGGCAAUCUGUGGCUGUUAGAAAGGCGAGAGAUCAGAUCACCUCUAGAGAAAGGGAAGAGCCCUAGAGGAUGUAAAAGGAAGUUUAGUUUGAUAGUUUUCUGUUCAGUAAGAACUCCUUAUCAAUAGACACAGCUGGGAAACCCUUAUGUCUUUAUAGAUGUAGUUGUGAAAUCCUCACUUCUGUAUUGUUUUGUCAUUAUAGUUCCCACUUUGCUAUUAGAAAAGAAGUAUUUGUGGCACCUUAGAGACUAACAGAUCUAUUUGAGCAUAAGCUUUCGUGAGCUGUAAGUCUCUAAGGUGCCACAAAUACCCCUUUUCUUUUUUCGAAUACAGACUAACACGGCUGCUACUCUGAAACUACUUUGCUAUUGUUUAUUUGCAUGGUCUCUGUCUGGUUCUGUGAUUGUUUCUAUCUGCUGUAUAAUUAAUUUUGCUGGGUGUAAACUAAUUAAGGUGGCGGGAUAUAAUUGGUUAAAUAAUCAUGUUACAAUAUGUUAGGAUCGGUUAGUUAAAUUUCAGGAAAAUGAUUGGUUAAGGUAUAGCUAAGCAGAACUCAAGUUUUACUAUCUAGUCUGCAGUCAAUCAGGAAGUAAGGCAGAGGAUAGGAACAGGGAAUGGGGGUGGGGAAAUUGGAAUCAUGUUUGGCUAAGGGCAGGAAUGGGAACAGGGACACAGGUGUAAGGCUCUGUGGUGUCAGAGCUGGGAAGGGGGACACUAAGGAAGGAAACUGGAAUCAUGCUUGCUGGAAGUUCACCCCAAUAAACAUUGAAUUGUUUGCACCUUCAAACUUCGGGUAUUGUU